AUGAUUUCCGCCUCCAACGAAAAGCCCCCCUCUCGCCUCAACCAGCGCACCUUCGGCGUCACAAAUCGCAUAUGGCUCAUCAUAUCCCUCUUCCUCUCCCUCAUCGCCCUCACUCGCUUCAUCUUGCCCUCUAGUCCCGCCGACAACUACUACUACCGCCACCACUCGCACUCCUAUGCCGCACACCUGAAGCCGACAAACUACCUCAACAUUUCGGAGGAGGUUGGCGAAACCCCGUUCGAGUUCUGCCCCACGUUUGGUCCUGGCGAUGAGCUUGCCGCGAAGCAUGGUGCUCUGGCAGUGUCAAAGAGCUGGUUGCAUCUUGGCAGUGGGGCGCGCGUGCAGAAGGUCAUUCACAAAGCAAUGCUCGGCCAACCCGUGACUAUCAGCAUCAUUGGCGGCUCAGUAUCGGCAUGUCACGGCGCCGGCGACGACCCCAUAGCAUCCGACUGCUAUCCAUCCCGUUUCUUCAACUGGUGGAACAGCAUCUUCCCCCACCCUGCCUCCGAGCUCACCAACGGCGCCAUGCGGCGCACCAACUCGGAGUAUUUCUCCUUUUGCAACGCCCACCACUUACCAGACUACACCGACCUCGUCGUCAUCGAGCUCGACACCGACGACAGAGCUGAUCGCUCGACGCUCGACAACUUCGAGCUCCUCGUGCGCUCCAUCCUGCUCCGCCCAGACUCGCCCGCCGUCAUCAUCCUCGGCCACUUCAGUCCCCAAGUCCACCAGCAAAACGGCUUCGCGGGGCCUGACCACUGGCACAGCGUCGUGUCUCAAUUCUACGACGUCCCCCACAUAAGCACGAAAUGGGCCCUGUACCCGAUGUACAUCACCUCGCCCGCGUCUAUCGACCGCUACUACACCGACCCCAUCCUCGCCAACCCCGCCGGCCACGCGCUCAUCGCCGACAUCCUCAUCGCCUACGUACAGUCCCAGAUCUGUGUCACCUGGUCCGCCGCAACCGGCAAAGCGUACGAGGGCGGCGGCAGCACGCUCCCCGUGUACUACGCCCUCGGCGGUGGCGGCGACGCGCCGAAGCAGCCGACCGACGCGCGUGGGCUCUUCGGCGGCAAGGGCCUCCGCAAGGGCGACCUACGCGUCCCGCCGGCGCGGAUCGCUUCGCUGCCCGCCGACCUGCAGGCGCGCGGGCUCGAGGAGGUCGCGCCGGCGUGCGUGUCCGCGAACGACCUGAUUAACCCGCUCCCAUCGUCACUCUUCUACGGCUCGGGCUGGCACGCGUUCCACCCGCCCGCAGGGAGCGCGGCGGCGGGCGCCGCCGCGGGGAGCACGGCGCACUACUUCUACUCGACGCUGCCGACGAGCCGGCUGCGCGUGCCGGUUACGGUCGGCGCGGGCGAUGUCGGGGUGUAUUACGUGCGGGAGCCGCGGACGGUCGUUGGGGCGGGGAGCGAGGUCGAGUGCUGGGUGGACGACAACUUCGCGGGGCGCAAGGAGAUCGCGAACGCCGCGGACGUUGCGGAGAGCACGCCUGCGCUGGAGAUCAUCGACCGCCUCGUCGCGCGGGGCUCGCACUUCGUCGAGUGCCAGCUGAUGGGCGAGGAGGGGCAGGGCGUCUCGCCGUUCAAAAUCAUCGGCAUAUUCACGACGUGA